UAAGAUAGAGGAUCUGAGCAGCCAACUUCUCUUCCUGGCAGUCGCAGCCCGUCGACUGAUUCAUGCAAAUCACUGCUGGAAAGCAACAGGAGAACGCCAUUCUCAGUUGAGACUGAGAUACAGCAGCAGCAAUGUCACAGCUGUAUUACAAGAAAGCAGACAACUCCUCGUACAGGGACCGCAUCCCUCUGCGGAUUGUGCGGGCGGAAUCUGAGCUGUCCGCCAUGGAGAGGGCCUACCUGGGGGCUGUCGAGAAGGGGGACUACGCCAGCGUGAAGCAAGCCCUGGACGAGGCUGAGAUCUACUUCAGGAUCAACAUCAACUGCAUUGACCCUCUGGGACGCACAGCCCUGCUGAUCGCCAUCGAGAACGAGAACCUGGAGAUCAUUGAGCUGCUGCUCAGCUACAACGCACAUGUGGGUGAUGCCCUGCUGCACGCCAUCCGCAAAGAAGUAGUGGGGGCUGUGGAGCUGCUGCUGAACCACAAGAAGCCACGUGGGGAGAAGCAGGUUCCACCAAUAUUACUGGACAAACAGUUUUCAGACUUCACCCCAGACAUUACUCCAAUCAUCCUUGCAGCUCACACUAACAACUAUGAAAUCAUCAAACUGCUCCUGCAGCGAGGUGUUUCUAUACCUCAGCCACAUGCAGUGCGUUGCAACUGCGUGGAGUGUGUGGCCAGCUCCGACGUGGACGGCCUACGUCACUCGCGCUCUCGUCUGAACAUCUACAAGGCCCUUGCCAGCCCAUCGCUCAUCGCCCUCUCCAGCGAGGAUCCUUUCCUUACUGCUUUUCAGCUUAGCUGGGAGCUGAAGGAGCUCAGCACAGUGGAGAAUGAGUUCAAGUCAGAAUAUGAAGAGUUGUCCCAUACGUGUAAACAGUUUGCCAAGGACCUCUUGGAUCAGACCCGAAGUUCUAAGGAACUGGAAAUAAUCCUCAACUACCGUGAUGACGUCAACCCACUGCUGGAUGAGAGCAUGAAUGAUCUGGCCCGACUGAAGCUGGCUAUCAAAUACUGCCAGAAAGAGUUUGUUGCUCAGCCAAAUUGCCAGCAGCUGCUAGCGUCUCGGUGGUAUGAUGAAUUCCCGAGCUGGAGGAGGCGUCACUGGGCAGGAAAGCUCAUCACUUGCAUCUUCGUAGGCCUCCUCUUUCCACUGUUGUGCAUCCUCUACUUGAUCUCUCCAAAGAGUCGCUGUGGCCUAUUCAUCCGGAAACCCUUCAUCAAGUUCAUCUGUCACACUGCUUCCUACUUGACCUUCCUCUUCCUGCUGUUCUUGGCCUCGCAGCAUAUUGCUUCUGCAAAUCGAGAAAGUCAGGGUCCAGCACCCACCACUGUAGAAUGGAUGAUCUUGCCUUGGGUGCUUGGCUUUAUAUGGACUGAGAUCAAGCAGAUGUGGGAUAGUGGUUUCAAGGACUACAUAGAUGACUGGUGGAACUUAAUGGAUUUCAUCAUGAACUCCUUGUAUCUUGCAACCAUUGCUCUGAAGAUUGUUGCAUUUGCGAAGUACCCUGGGUGUAAACCCAGGAGCAACUGGGGAAUGUGGCACCCAACUUUGGUGGCAGAAGCAUUGUUUGCCAUCGCCAACAUCUUCAGCUCCCUGCGCCUCAUCUGCCUUUUCACUGCCAACUCCCAUCUGGGUCCUUUGCAGAUUUCACUGGGCCGCAUGCUUCUGGACAUCCUCAAAUUCCUCUUCAUCUACUGUCUGGUGCUGUUAGCCUUUGCCAAUGGUCUCAACCAGCUCUACUCCAACUAUGCCACAAAUGGGGAUGACGGUUGCACGGGUAUUCGUUGUAAUAAGCAAAACAACGCUUUCUCAACGCUGUUCGAAACACUGCAGUCAUUAUUUUGGUCUAUAUUUGGCCUGAUUUCCCUCUACGUGACCAAUGUGAAGGAAAAGCAUGAAUUCACGGAGUUUGUGGGCAGCACCAUGUUUGGCACUUAUAAUAUCAUCUCCCUGGUAGUGCUUCUAAACAUGCUAAUUGCAAUGAUGAACAACUCCUACCAGCACAUUGCUGAUCAUGCAGAUAUAGAGUGGAAAUUUGCAAGAACAAAAUUAUGGAUGAGCUAUUUUGAAGAAGGAGGAACUUUACCAUCUCCAUUCAACAUAAUACCCAGUCCAAAGACAAUUUAUUAUCUAUUUGGAUGGAUUAAAAAACACUUGUUUAGAAGACCAAGCAUCAAAAGACUUGAAACCUUCGGAACCUUGGGGAGGCGUGCAGCUGAAAAUGUGAGACUAAACCAUGAGUACCAGGAGGUUUUGAGGAACCUCGUGAAGCGGUAUGUGGCUGCAAUGAUCAGAGAUGCCAAGACAGAAGAAGGGUUGACAGAAGAAAAUUUCAAGGAGCUUAAGCAGGAUAUCUCCAGCUUCCGCUAUGAAGUUCUGGGAAUGAUGAAGAAUAAACCUCAUGGUGGUGUAGCCAGUAACAUUGCAAGCUCUACCUUGGCUUACCCUGGAAACCCAUUCAAAUAUUCUCCCAGAUUACCUUCUGAUGAGUCUCAACAAAAUCUGAACAUGUUUGAUGUUAUUACCAGCACCACCCUGCAGUGUGGAGCUGCCAACUUUACCAGCUCUGCUUGCUCUAUUAGGCUGGCCAACGGUUCAGUGGUUUUGUCCAGUACAGGAAUGACUCAGAACGAGGCAUCCAAAGUUUCAAACGCUGAAUCCCUUCAGAGUAAACUCCCCUCUCAGAAGCAUGAUGAAACACAUUCGUUGUCAGAGGAAGGUAUUUUGGGAUCAGGUGGACAGAACCAAGAACUUCAGAAUGAGAAAGCGAUUGUGGAAGUCUCACAGAAAGUGGAGGAUAUUCAGGAGAUUGAACAUUCUUUCAAAGAACAUGCUAAGAAAGUGAAAAAUGGACCCAAGAAAUACAAAAAUUAAUCUGUCGGCAUGUGAAAAAUGUAAAUUGUGUUGUAGCAACAUUUGGGUUUUAAUUUUUAAAUGUUCGUUUAUUCUAUUACCAGUCAGUAUGGUUUGUUGUAAUAAGGUCACUCAUGAUAAGCAGUACUGUAGUUAAGUAGCUUAUCCAGUUAAAUAAUCUUGCAUCCUGUCACUUGUAUAAUGACAAUAAUGUUGUGUUAUUGUACAUUAUAUUACAUGCAUAACACUAUAAAAAUAUUUAACAAAAAUGUGCCUCAGUGCUGACUCAGGAAAUUGUGGAACAGGUUUGUAAUUCAUGUUUUACCUUUAGCAGUUACUUUCAGAGUUCUGACACCCUGCUGCCCACAUUCAAAUCUACAAACAUCUGUUUUUUUCUGUAAUUUGCAGAAAUACUUUCACUUGUGUGUUUAUGGAAGAAAUAUCCGUCCUAAUAGGCUGAAUGUACCCAAUUAAUUUUUACUAAAGUUAAUUAUGCAAAUCUAAACUGGCAACACUGAUUAAUACAACUGUAAUUGUUAUAUCCUACAUUUUAAUAUUUAAUUUGGGCUCAUUAUUUAGUUGAUUAAUGAGCAAUGUAGUACCUCGCUAAUUCAGAGAUCACAGACAGCUUCUCUUUUACUCCCUAGCAUGUUUGGGAUAAGAGGGAUAGUUUUACUCUUGAUUUUAUUACUGGAGCAGAAGAGGCAACACAAUCCAGAUAGGUUUUGUUACAGGAUUUACUUCUUAACCAUGUGCUUUUAUAUCAGCUGCUGCAAGUACCAGGGCCUUCUAGAAAUAUAUUAGUACUGUGCAGUUUAGCAGCUUGUGAUUUUACUCUGUAAUUAAAUAAAAGUGGAAAGUAAUUUAAAAGUG